CGGCUCAACUGCUCGCAGGAGACUCGCGGUAACUGAGGCCCGCGCGAGGCAGCCCGCCAUGUAAGUAGAGCUUCAAAGCAAAGGAUUCCAACAGUAUCAUCGUCACCCUCCAUCAAGCGCCUCCAACACCGCCAGCAUGUCCGGCUUCAAGACACAGACGAGUCCCCCGCCGACGUCGCACGUCCUCCUCAGCUAUCCCGCCCCCUUCGUCCUCCUCGUCACCAUCAACCGCGAGCGCCAGAUGAACAGCAUCCCCUUCGCGGGGCACACGGAAAUGGGCGAGGUCUUCGACUGGUUCGACCGCGAGCCCAAUCUGCGCGUCGCCAUCAUCACGGGGGCGGGCAAGAAGGCGUUUUGCGCCGGCCAGGACCUCAUUGAGCUGGGCAAGAUCAGAUCCGGCAAGGUCAAGACGAGUUCGGCGCUGAUGCGGCAUCCGCUGAGCGGGUUUGGGGGUGUGAGCAGGAGGGCGGGGAAGAAGCCGAUCAUUGCGGCUGUGAAUGGGUUUGCGUUUGGGGGUGGGUUUGAGAUUGUGCUUGGUUGUGAUAUGGUUGUGGCAUCGCCCAACGCAACCUUUGGCCUCCCAGAGGCCCUCCGCGGCAUCUUCGCCGCUGCCGGUGGACCGGCGAGACUGGUCCGCAUCGUGGGCCUGCCCGUAGCAAGUGAAAUAGCCUUGACGGGCGUGCCCAUCACUGCACAGCGAGCAAAGGAACUCAACAUCAUCAACCGCAUCUCAUCGUCCCAGGAGACGCUGCUGGAGGAAGCCCUGAAGCUCGCAAAUGGGAUUGCCAACAUCUCCCCUGAUGCAGCGAUUGUGACGAGGGCGGCACUCAAGGAUGCGCUGGAGCAUGGCAGUGUGGAGAGGGCGACACAGCUGACCCUGGAGAGGUACAAUGAGGCCCUGCAGACGGGCGAGAAUGCCCUGGAGGGGCUGAUGGCGUUUGCGGAAAAGCGCAAGCCGAACUGGAAGCCUUCUAAGCUGUAAUCAUCUGUACCUUCUGUGUAUAGACUAUUCUUAUCUAGGGAAUUAGAUCUCUUGCUAAUGAAUCAUGCC